AUGCAGCUCAAACCUCUCGUUGCUCUCCUCACCGCAAUCCCUGUCGUGACAGCAGCUACCAGUCCCGACACAGUGACAAUCAAUGAUAUCUCGAACCUCACAAAUGACCUGAAGCAGUUCGAUGCCGCUAUUCAGAGCUGGGAUCUCCAGGAGAAUUCCAGUCCCGCACAAACCAUGAAGGACCAGGCGAACAAGGCCGUCCAAGACCUCGACCAAACGCUCAAGGACGCAAAGAAAAUCGACUCGCUUACCCCAGAUGCCCAGAACAAGCUGGUCGCUGGCAUGCAGGAGUUUGCGUCUGUGGCUGGGGAUGUUGUUAAGCAUAUGGCUGAGAAGCAACCUGUAUCUGAUAGGGGAGACGGAUACCGGAGUCUCAUGGAGACCUCGAAUAAGGCGACCGGUUUAUUCUUCAAUGAGCUUCAGAAUAGCCUCGCGAACAAGAUUCCUCAGGAAAAGGUGCAAGAGCUAUCAGGUCAACUGCAGGGGUUGCAGGAUGGGUUGAACAAGGCUAUCGCAUGAUUUUGAUUUCUUGUUUGAAUUGACAUGUAUCAUUAAUCGCAUAUGGUGGAGCUGGACAUUGUAUAUAAUAAGAACGCAGAUAUAGUAUCC